AAUGAUCGGCGGUUUUUGCUCGUAGCAGCGCCGCCGCUGGCGGUGACUGUGGUGAUAAUCGUCGCGACACAGAUGAAACGCGAACCAGGUAAGCGAAGACUACAAGCAACAACGUCGCUGCAGUCUUUCAACUGCAGAAGCCAUCAAGAAGACGUCACAGCAUUCAUCUUCAGUACAAUUGGCAGCAAGCAGAAGUAUCGAUGACGUCGCCACUGCUGUUGGGUAAAACUGCUACGACAAACAUCCGCAGUUCUGACGGUGGCCUUAGAGUUGCUCUGACGACGCUAGUAGCAGUUAUAAGGAAAUCAAAAACUGUUUCGGGGCAGAGUUAAGGCGACAUAAAUGUAUCUUCACAACAGUAACACCCGCUACUACUACUACUUCUACCAACAACGACAGCAAGGCACCAAGAGGAUCAAGACCGUGCGCUCACGAGAACAUCGUUUUCUGCAAGAACACGAGUGCGUGAAGCCGUCGCGUGGGAAGGUUUACAAAACCGGACGUCGGGCUCGGUCAGACAAAGAACGGAGUCAGCAUCCAGUGAUUAAUGCAUCGAAUUGACGUCCAAUGCUCAGACCUGAUACCACUACGGAGAAUCGUUAAAGAGGGAUAUAUUGCCAUGUACAAACUGUCGUGCUGGUCGCUAACGAGAGUAGAAUUACAGGGAAUAAAUAGGGCGCCAAAGUCGAUGCUGUACAUGAAAAACGUCUGAUUCUGCAGACCAGAAGAGAGCGUCUACACAACUGACUGUGUUGUAUGGGCGAGUUUGUGUGUGUGUGUGUGUUUCUAGAUCUCUCCAUUAUGUGUUAAUAUGUGUUUAUCUGAUCAAAUGGGUAUACUGUGGAAUAAGUUAAGGGCACUUAUAAUGGCUUGAGGAUAUCUUAACUACGCUGAUUGGCUGACUACAAUAUUGACUAGUACGGAACCUCCAACGGUGGACACUACUGCGCACACAUAUAGAAACAAUAUUAAGGAACGUUCAGUUGGAGUUUCGUGUUGUCUAUCCAUUUCGUCGAGCAGAGAUCAUUAUGUAAAAUUAAACAAAGCCUAGUUUCCUUCAUAGAGUGUGUACACUAUGGCAUGCUUCGCCAUACUUCAUAGAAAGCGUUAAGAUCACGAUCAUUCAUACUUUAGCGUGUAUAGAUCUGUGCAGUAAUCCUUUCAAAGGUGGUGACCCCGACGCGACAAAAAGUUUCUCAAACGGAACAAGUUAAUCCGAAUUAGUACUGAGGUGCUUGCAAAGGGUUAAGUCGGCUAAGGCACGACUGCUGUUUACUCCAGAGAGUUUACCAGGAGUGGCUUUAUCACGCAAUACUCCAAUACAACUGAAACGGCUAUUAAAAGCAGCUGGAUAAGAUGAGUGACUACAGCGACCCUAUCAACAAUGAAAAAUUUUUUUAAGAGAAAGCGCUCUAAGGUGGCCCAGAUUUACCCAUUGACGAUAAUGGACGGGGCCACCGAGGGCGGCGAUUGCGCACCAGUCGCUGACGAACAAGCAAGAUCUUCAUCUCGACAAGGCAAUUUUGGUAGAUCCAACGAAAAAACUUCUGAUCAGGCAAACGAAAGUCGCAGUUCCUCCAGGUGGGCCGCUCUGAGAAACCGCGCCAGGGCGCAGCAGCAACAACAGCGACAACAAAAAAAUAGUCAAACCCUUAAUAACACUGUACUUAGGGAGGAUGACACCCUCGACGAUUCGAUCCACGGUCGCUAUGAUGAAUGGACUCCUGAAGCCUGCAUUUGCAUCUUGCGCACACCAACUGUUGAGAACUUCGCUGGCCUCAAGAAAUUAUUGUCCCGCUGCAACGCGUCAUGGAUGCAUGAGUUCUUGUCCCGCGACGGACUCGAGGCGCUCUUCGCCAGCUUGCAGCGAUUUGGCCGAAAAACACCCGCAUCUCUUGAAACUGCCCUGGUGCUGAUUCACUGCGUCGAGUGUCUACGGGCCGUAAUGAACUGCAAGACCGGUCUGGAUCAUAUCGUCGAGAAUGAACGAUAUACCCGAGAGCUUGUUCAAGCUCUGUCAACGGAUAAUGUCUUGGUGAAAAAACAGGUUUUUGAGUUGCUUAGCGCUGUGUGUGUAUACUCGUUCCGUGGACAUCAUUUAGCCGUCGACGCACUCCAGCACUACAAGUUUGACAAGCUGAGUCGUAUUCGAAGCAAGUUAAUCGUCCUGGUGGUUAUCGUGAAACAGGAACGCCAUGGACUUUUAUCACGUUUCUCACCGCUGGUUGAGGAGUUGAAAAAUUCCGAGGUUCCGGCGUACCAGGGCACAGUCUUGGCGCUCAUCAAUUGUGUAAUUAUUUCCUGUGACGGUCUACUGGAGAAGAUACGCAUUCGCAAUGAGUUUAUUGCGCUAGGAGUGGCGGACGAGCUGAAAAAGAUUUCAUCAACAAGUGAUGAUCACACUGUCUUUGUUCAGAUUCGAGCGUUUGAGAAUGAACGCGCAGCGGAUGAAGAUGCCGCCCGUGAAAAACUCGGACUUACGCUGAGUAUGGAGCCCAUAGAGCUAUUUGGAGGCCUUUUAGAAAAAGUUUCGUCAACACCACACGUUUCCUGUUUAGCUCUGACACUUCAACACCUUAAUCAAUUGGACCCUCACCACCCUGAUAGUUUCUUGGCAUGGGAUUUAUUGGAACGCGUAUCGUCCAUAUUAGCGAGAAUACCGAAUGACCCCAUAUUGGCCCAGACUACCUAUCAGCGUCUACUAGAUUUUUUGACCUCUAAGGACGCAUAUCCUAAUCGAACAGCAAGUGUUCAAGGUCGCGAAACCCCGAUUCUAAGUCCAUUGCCCGAUCCAAAGGAACACAAAAAAAAUGGCCUAACAGAGGAAACGAGUUCGACAGAAAAACCAAAAAAGCGUAACGUAUUUCGUUAUCUUAGCCGUAAAGCUAGCUUUAAACUGCGUAUUCGAAAAAAGGAUCCACCGAAGGAAGAGUGUGCUAUUAAGCAAGAACUACUUACGCCGCCUACAACACCGCCACUCAGUUCACUCGAUAUUCCGACAUCCAGUUCCGAAAUUAAUGCAGUUGAGGAGGAAAGUUUAUCAUUUGCGCAAGAGGUACUCGUCCCGAUUACGGCUAAACAUUUGACAACUUCAGAGUCAGCAGAACAAAUAUCCAUUGGUGACGCAGUCAGUGAACUAUCGCCUAUACGGGCGAACUCUGUUAGAACAGAACGUUCGAUUGUCACUGGGGUGAACCCCUCUUUGCUGGUUUAUGACCCUCGUGAAGCACUAGAAUCCUCCGUCACCGAAAACUCAAUUUUGCCUGAAUCACCGCUGGAUCAUCUCUCAUCUACAUUAUCAUCAUCGUUAUCAUUACCACCGUCGGCAGAGAACACAGCCUCUCCCCUUGUAGGAUCGUCUACAACAGAAAUCGUAACGCCAUUUCCUUUACUUUUAUUACCAGCUCGUUCCUCUACUUUUCCCCCUCCUCCGCCUUUGCCUUUUCCUCGCCCUCUUUUGCCAGCAAGUACUAGUGCCGUAUCCCCGCCAGCACCACCUUUUUCGCCACCGUCGCCAGGAAGUGCUAUAGGUUUGCCGCCACCGCCUCCGCCUCCUCCUCCUCCUCCUCCUCCGCCUCCGCCUCCGCCUCCGCCUCCACCUCCGCCUCCGCCUCCGCCUCCGCCCCCGCUUCCUCCCCCUCCUCCGCCACCGGCCCCGUCAGGUGGAGGCCCCCUACCACCUUUAUCCCCUCCACCACUCCCAUCAGGUGGAUGCCCGCCACUGCCUCCACCCACGCCAGGAAAGAAAGGUGGGUCUGCCGCACCUACACCGCCACCUCCUCCACCCCCAGCCAGCGGCAUCUGUAGUUUGCAGACUAUAACUUGUCAAAUAAUCAGCCAACACCAAGCAGAGGUCUGCGGGUCAGCAUCAGCCGUGCAGCCUUCUUUCUUCGCUACUCUUCCUAAGCCCGGAAGCAAAAUGAAGACUUUUAACUGGACUAAGCUUCCAGAAAGGAUGAUCAUGAACCAGCCUGAAAAUAUCUGGAAAGAGAUAUUGGAACAAGGUGACAUGGUUGUAGGAAAACUGAAUUUCAAGCGAAUGGAAGAGCUGUUUUGUCAAAAGGUACCUGCGCCACAAGGACCUAGGAAGGAGGUGGACAAGAAAUCAAAAGAACCUGUUGCUGUCACUCUUUUGGACGGCAAACGUAGCAUGAAUGUAAGCAUCGCCCUCCAUCAACUGAAAAUGUCCCCGAAAGAGAUAGUAAACAUGCUCAAAGAAUGUCGAGGUGCAGAGUUAGGAGCUGAGAAGCUACGAAUGCUUUUGAAAGCGCUCCCUGAGUCCGACGAGUUAUCGGUGGUGAAAAGCUACACCGGGGACCCGACAAAGCUGGGCAUUCCAGAACAGUUUUAUCUGGAACUUACAGAGCUUGAACAAUUUUCACUUUACGUUACAAACUUACUGCAUAUCGAAGAAUUCUUACCGAAUGUUGAAUCCCUGGAACCUCAAUUAAUAAGAUACUCUCAAAUCUGCCGCACCAUUCUUGAGAGCAAAAAAUUGCAGGAUUUUUUCGGUCUCAUCUUGGCAGCUGGAAAUUUCAUUAACUGCCGUCCAACCGGUCUACGAAGUACAAUGCUGUGCUUAGUGUAUGGAUUUGCUUCUAUACAGGGUAGCUACGCUGGUAAUGCGAGCGGUUUCCGCUUGAACACCCUUAGUCGUCUUCUGGACACCAGGGCGAACAAACCUGGUACAACGCUGUUACAUUUUCUGGUCGAAGAAGCAGAAAAUAGGGAGGAUGACGCCUUCUCAUUUCUUAACGAACUUUCGGGGGUGGGUCCAGCGGCGAGGCUAUCACUGGACACUGCUCGAUCAGAGAUUGUGACUUUGAGAAAUUGUUUAAACAAGAUGAAAUCUAUGGGGGAAAACCCCACAACGGCGCAGGUUUUGAAAAAUCAUCUUUCGUCAUUUGUUCAGUCGGCACAACCCAGGGUUGCGGGCUUGGAGUCGAUCAUGCGUGACGUCGACGUACUGGCUGCAAAGGUCGCCACUCACUUCUGUGAGGACCCUGCUCAAUUCAAUAUCGAGGAAUGUGUUCAACUCUUUGCUACGUUUUGUUCUCGAAUACGUACAGCUUCCAAGGAAAAUAUGGAGCGUAAAAAAGUUGAGGAGCGUGCCGAAAGGAUUCGAAAAUCCAAGGAGCUUGCCAUCAGAGAGGGUAAAGUGAAACCUGGCAGAGGCCGGCACCGAUAUCGGAUGCCGCGCUCUCUGCCCGGGUCUACUAUAGAAACGGGAAGCGUUGAGCCUGACGACCCGAUACAUCAUCUUGAGGACCUUGGACCAGAGUCUCUCGAAUUACUCCUCUCCGUGCUCGAAUCCUCAGAUGACUUCUGAAUAAUAAAUAUUAGCUGUAAUCACACUUCAUUGUCGAGUAUGUCCCACAAACAGGAGCACGGACGCAACACUGAAAGUCACCUUACUGUAUUAAAAUAUGCACUAAGUUCCAGUUCCGAUGAGAGAAACUGCGCGGUCGAAAAUCUUCUUGAAGAAAUCCGUCGAGGCGAUUUCAAGCUGAGGAAGAC